GUUUACUUUCGAAAGGUGGGUGCACGGAGUGGUGCGUGAAAUCGAUGCGUUUUUUUUCUUUUUUUACAUCCGUAAAAGUUCGUGGAUUGAAACUAGUUUAACUGUAACAUAAACAUGUAUAAACAAGAUAUGAAGAAAAGAAGUAAAGGAGCUGAAAAAAGACAUGAAAGGAAACCGAUGUCUGAUGAAUCCUUAGCUGAAUCAAAAAGUCUAUCUGUUAUGUUUGCCAAGUCUUCAAAAGAGUUUCAAAAUAUGAGGAAGAAACAACUCAAGCAAGCUAAUGAAGAAGAAGAUAAAACUAUCAAAAGAUUAGAGAAAAUGUUAAAGCUUAACAAAAAGAAGAAAAAAUGUUUGGGUGAUCCUUGUCUUGAUUAUCUUCUUGAAGCACUAGACGUGAAAGAUGAAAGCAAUAAUUUGUCUGAUUGUUGUGAGGAAUUGGAAGAUCUUGCAGCUGUAAAAAGUGAUGACCUUUUGUCAUCUAGCAAAAGAAAAGCUAAAAAACAUUCCAUGUUGCCUACAUCUAAGAAAAUGAGGACUCUGAGAGAAAUUAAGGAAGAAAAACCAGGGAAAAUGAAUCCUCUUACUGAAAUGAAGAAAGGAAAGGGAGACAAGAAAGUGAAAAUAAGUAGAAAUGAAGAUGCUGCAAGAAGAAGUUUCUCAAAUGAUUUAGAAUCUGAUUACUUAUAUGAAUCAGAAAGCAACUAUUCAGAUGAUAAUGAAGAGAAGGAGGAAGAUAAAAAUAAUUCAGAUAAUAAAAACAAUUCUGCAAAUUUAAACAGAAAAAAGUCAGGGAAGAAAAAAGUAUGGGAAGAUAUUUAUGGCAGGUUGAGGGAUGAAUCAGGAAAUAUUAUAAAACAUGAAAACACUAAAGAUAUGUCUGCACCUGAUAAGUCAAUGAAUGAGAAUGUAUAUUCCAGUGAGAAAAGAAAUGAAGAUUGUGUGAGAAUAAAAAGACAAUUAAAAGCAUUAUUGAACAAGUUGAGUGAGUCAAAUAUGAAACCCAUUUGUAAUCAAAUAGAAGACAUGUAUAUGAAAAACAGUAGAAAUGAUAUGAAUGAAACUUUAUUUUUAUUGAUAUCAGAACUUGUUUUGAAUCCAGUGUUAGUUCAACCUCGUUUCAUUAUAGAAAAAGCUAUGUUGGUAGCUUUGUUGCAUGCUAAUAUUGGUUCAGAAGUUGGAGCAUUUUUUCUUCAGCGCCUUGUUCAAAAAUUGCAUAAGUUAUUUCAGUGCUCAGGGAACUAUGGAGAAGACCAGGAAUCUAAUAAUAUUUUGUUAUUUUUGUCUCAUCUUUAUAAUUUCAAGAUCACACAUGCAACUUUAAUUUUCGAUAUUUUCCAUCAGCUGGUUGAAUCAUUUCAAAGCAAAGAUAUUGAACUGAUACAAUUACUUUUAAAAAAUAUUGGCUUUAGAUUAAGGAAAGAUGAUCCAUUGCGUUUGAAAGAAAUAAUUUUAUCUAUUCAAGCUAAAGCUGCUGCUAUUAAUAAGGAUGAGAAUGAUUUAAGAGUGAGAUACAUGCUUGAAACUCUAACUGCUAUUCGCAACAAUAAUAUGUACAAGAUUCCUGAUUAUGAUCCAAAUAUUAUACAACAGAGCAAGAAAUACCUGAAAGGAAUUAUGCGAAAAGGUUGUUCGAUUCAGGAAUUAGCAAUAUCAUUUGAGGAUUUACAGAAAGCUGAUGAAAGGGGUCGUUGGUGGAUUGUUGGAUCUGCAUGGUCUGAGCAUAAUACUGACAAUAAAACAGAACCUGAAGAUCAAACAUGUAUAUUGCCUAAAACCCACAUAAGUGAGAAAAUACUCGAAUUAGCUCAGAGACAUCACAUGAAUACCGAAGCUCGCAAAUCUAUUUUUUGCAUAAUCAUGACUGCAGAGGAUUACAUGGAUGCAUUUGAGAAAUUAUUGAAACUUAACCUUAAGCAACAACAAGAGCGGGAAAUUAUAAAUGUUAUUAUACAUUGUGCAUUACAAGAAAAAACUUAUAAUCCAUACUAUGUGUUCUUAUUGGGAAGAUUCUGUAAUUUUGCAAGAAAGUAUCAGAUCUGUUUACAGUUCUCAUUGUGGGAUAGGUUUAAAGAAAUAGCAAAGAUGAAAUCUUAUCAGUUGAAUAACCUGGCACGUUUAUUGAGUCAUUUAUUCACUACUGGAGCAUUACCUAUUUCUGUGUUAAAAGUAAUAUUUAUUUUAAUUUGCUUUCAUUUGCAUCAUAAUAUUUAUAUUGUUUGUACUAAGGAAAGUUCUUAAACAGAUGGCUUUCUG